AAUUGAGUGUUGUUCGCUGUUUGCAACGUAAAGCCAGCAACUAAAAAACAUAUAGCCAGAGACCAAGAAGGCGAACAACUCUAAUACAUCGCAUCUGUAUUCGUUUCGAAACUAUGAUGCUAGCUACUACACGGCACUUGGUCCGAAGGGCCGCGAUGGCAACCGCAAAUGCAACUACAAAUGUAGGAGUUACUGUUUCCUCUGCAACAACCGCGUCAACUGCUGCUCGCUGCCCGUCACGAAGCCUUGGCUUCCAAUCCAAAGCUGCUCUUGUGGCAACCCGAGGGUUUUCGACCCUCCCCACGGAUGAUGCCGGAGACGAGGAACCUCACAACGAAAGCAACGACGAGCCCUCGCCGAUCGAGGCAGACGAGACGGCUACUGGUGCCAGCAACGUUCCCAGCAGCGAGCUGAACAAGAAUCUCAAACCCUCGGAGAUUGUGGAAGCCCUUGACCGGCACAUCGUGGGGCAGCCCGAGGCCAAGAAAUCCGUUGCAAUUGCGAUGCGAAAUCGCUGGCGUCGCCGGCAGCUCCCAGAAGAUCUGCGCAAGGAAGUGACGCCCCGCAACGUCUUGUUGGUGGGGCCAACUGGGUAAGCGGUCGUUUUUGUAUCUUUGUGAUCAUGGUAUUUUUGUUUGUGCUGUGCUCUGGAAUUGUCAAACUUGUGUUACUCUUCUCAUUUGUCGGAAAGAAACGAACUCACCCGAUUAUCAUCAACCUUCUUUUUCGCCCCCCUUCUUCAUUGCUAUCACACAAUUCACCGUACACCCACCUUUUUACAAUGCCAACAGUUGUGGUAAGACGGAAGUAGCCCGACGCAUGGCCAUGAUCAACGACGCACCCUUUCUCAAGGUGGAAGCCACCAAAUUUACGGAGGUGGGAUAUCACGGCAGAGAUGUCGAUCAGAUCAUUCGAGACCUGAUGGAUGUGGCGAUGCAAUUAGCAAAGAAACAGCACACCGAAACCUUCAAGGAGCAGGCCGAAACCCUCGCGGAGGAACGCAUCCUCGACAUUCUGGCCGGACCCUCUUCGGAGACCGCCACCCGGGGGAGGGAAUCCUUCCGGGACAUGCUCCGCCAGGGACUCCUCGACGACCAAGAAAUCGAGAUCGAUGUGCCGAGCCCGAAACAGAACCAUACCGAAAUCGACCAGACCAAUCCGCAGAUCGUUGCCGUCAGUGAUCUGGUGCAACGAUUGGCUGGAGGAGGUAAGAAAGCACCGACGGAACGAAAGAAGCUGCCCAUUUCGGAAGCCAGGGGGAUCAUACUGGAGGUGGAACUGGAACGAUUGUUGGAAAACGUGGACCUGAAAAAAAGUGCCAUCCAGGCCGUAGAAGAAAGCGGCGUUGUCUUUAUCGACGAGAUCGACAAGAUUUGCUCUCCAAAGGAGGGGAUUAGCGGCCGAUCCGCGGACGCCAGUGCCGAGGGCGUCCAGCGAGACCUGUUACCACUGAUCGAGGGGACCACCAUCAACACCAAACACGGCAACGUCAACACGGACUACAUCCUCUUUAUCGCCAGCGGGGCCUUUCACGCCGUCAAGGUGAGCGACCUCCUGCCCGAGCUGCAGGGCCGCUUGCCGAUCCGCGUCGAGCUCUCCGGUCUGACCGAGGACGACCUCUACAAGAUCCUGACCGAACCCGUCGCCAACCUAGUCCGCCAGCAGGUCGAGCUCAUCGGUGCGGAGGGCGUGAACCUGGUUUUUGAGGACGAGGCCCUCCGGGAAAUCGCGCGCAUGGCCGCCAUGCUGAACAAGACCGUUGAAAACAUUGGUGCCCGCCGUCUCCACACGGUCCUGGAACGCAUCAUGGAAUCCAUCAGCUUUGAUUCCGCGGAAAUGGAGGAGGGAUCCACCGUAACGGUUACGAAGGAAACGGUCGAGGAACGCAUGCAGAGCGUGACGAAAAAGAUGGACGUUUCGAGGUAUAUUUUGUAAAAUGGCUGUUUGGUUCUGGGAUUCGUUCAGAAGCACUCGAUAAAAAUCAGUCGAGAGA